CUGCCAUCUAGCUUUUUCACAGCAAAAUAGGCUUGCAGACUGCAGAUGAGAGAGUCGGGAGCAGAGACAAUUUUAACUUAGCCAUCCCUAAUUUAUCUCAAGCUUUUUCAAUUCAUCUUCACUGCUCUAUGCACACUGGAACACCAGAUUGUCAACCCCUGGGAACAGAAUGCAGCCAGGGAUCUAGAGAGCUGUCACAUCCUGAGAAAUAUUUAAAUUGUGCUGAUUUUCUUCUGGAGUGCUGAGCAGAGGGAAUGAAACUCUCCAUCAAGUCAUAGCUUUGCGGGCAAUAGAUCAGAGGAUACUGCCAGUUUUUCUAAUGGAUUAUUUUAUCGGGCAGGUUCUUCCUGAAGUCACUAAAUAACACUAAGAAGAGUCUGGCUCUGCCUUCUUUACACCUUCCCUGAACAUGGAUAAUAAGUCUCUUCUCCAGGAUGAACAGACCCAUACCUCAGCCUCUCUUCACAUCAAAGAUUCUUCAAGGCAUUGGUUAUCUUAGUUAUCCUUGUGGACUGCUGCUGGACUUGCUCCGACUCUUCUUAGUGAAACAGCUAUAGCUUGGAUUUCAUUGUGUGACCUUGAUGCUUACUGUCAAGCCCUUCAAAUAGCUGUUAGAUUUGGCAAGAUUAAAAGUUUCUGACUUGGAUAUUCAAAUAAGGCGUUCUACUAGGAGAGUUUCCAUGUCUUUCUUAUGAGCUGUUGUGAGAUGAUUUUGCACUGAAAGUUUUCAGUUCCUGCAUCUGGUGGCACAAAUGAAAUGUUGUGACAAUAUUGUAUGCUGUUCUUCACAUGAGACACAGUUUGAAAUAUUUUGAUAAAAUGAGAUGCUUGCGGAAAAGAUCAGCAGUGUCAUUCUUAGGAAUUCUUGUCGUUUGCUUGCUGUUCAUGAACUUGUACAUUGAAGACGGUUAUGUUUUGGAAGGGGGCAAGCAACAAAUCAGAGAAACAGCCACGCACCAGCUCAACCCAGAGCGCUAUGUUCACACUUUUAAAGAUUUGUCUAAUUUCUCAGGAUCUAUAAACAUUUCCUAUCGCUACUUAGCUGGCACACCUUUGCCAAGGAAAAGGUACCUUACAAUUGGACUAUCCUCUGUAAAACGGAAAAAGGGAAAUUAUUUACUUGAGACCAUCAAGUCCAUAUUUGAACAGUCAAGCUAUGAAGAACUCAAAGAAAUUGCAGUGGUAGUACAACUGGCAGAUUUUGACUCAGCCUGGUGUGAAGGGAUCGUCCAGGAUAUUUCACAGAAAUUUGCCCAUCAUAUAAUUGCAGGCAGAUUAAUAGUUAUUCACGUCCCUGAGGAUUAUUAUCCUGUACUGGAUGGCCUCAAAAGAAAUUACAAUGACCCAGAGGACCGUGUGAAGUUUCGAUCAAAACAAAAUGUAGAUUACGCUUUCCUUCUAAACUUUUGUGCUAAUCUUUCUGACUAUUAUGUGAUGCUAGAAGAUGAUGUUCGCUGCUCAAAGAAUUUUUUGACUGCUGUUAAGAAAGUAAUUACCUCACGAGAAGGAUCCUACUGGGUGACUUUGGAAUUCUCCAAACUGGGAUACAUUGGAAAGCUUUAUCAUUCUCAUGACCUCCCACGCCUGGCUCACUUUCUGUUGAUGUUUUACCAAGAAAUGCCUUGCGAUUGGCUGCUCAUCCACUUUCGCGGGCUGUUAGCUCAAAAGGAAGUGAUACGUUUUAAGCCAUCUUUGUUCCAGCACAUGGGAUACUACUCAUCUUACAAAGGAGCUGAAAACAAGUUAAAGGAUGAUGAUUUUGAAGAGGAAUCAUUUGAUAUCCCUGACAACCCACCUGCAAACUUGCACACCAAUAUGAAUGUAUUUGAAAACUAUGAGGCAAGCAAGGCUUACAGCAGCAUUGAUGAGUAUUUCUGGGGCAAAGCUCCUUCUAGUGGAGACUUCUAUGGAAUUGUAUUUGAAAAGCCCAUUAAAAUCAGUAAAAUUAAAGUUGUCACUGGAACUGAAGAUCGGCAAAAUGAUAUUUUACACCAUGGAGCCCUGGAAGUAGGAGAAAAGAUUGUAGGCAAUAAAAAAGGGAGACAAUGUACAACUUACUUGAGACUAGGGGAGUUCAAAAAUGGGAAUUUUGAAAUAACUGAUGUAGAGCACAAAGUUCUGUUUGAUAUUAACUGCAUGAGAAUACUUGUUACCAAAAGUCAAAAAGAAUGGCUGAUCAUUAGGAGCAUUAGCGUCUGGACUUCUCAAACACCAAAUCAGUAAAGCAAAGCCACCUGAGCAGGUACAAAGUGCACACAAUCAUCUGGGUUCCAACUGGUGACAUUCCCCAGAAAAACUGACACUUACAACUCUUCACUAAAGACAUAGAAAAUCUGGGGAAAUCACAAAACAAGUAAAGCAAUUUAUUUUUUACUAGUUUGGUCAGGCAAUAUACAAACAUUUAUUUGCUGAAAAUUUUGAAUUUUAUAGGAGAUCUUUAAACUCUUUUUUUAUUAUUAUUUCUCUGGAAGAGAGAUCUUGUGGACCAUACAGAACAAAAAAAAACAUCCUAUAAUUGCCAAAAGGUUUAAAUCUAUGACCAGUAUGUUGUGAAAAAAGACUGAAUCGCACCUUAUGCACAUAAAAAUUUAAAAUCUUAUGAUAGUAUGCAUUUGUACUGUAGUUGGUGAUGUGUUUCUUCUACAGGCAGUUGUGACAAGGAAAUCUGUCCUGAAACUGGCAGUUUCCUUCUGAGCACUGUAAGAAAAUAGUGUGGCUAAUCAUUGCAACUUCUUUUCAAAAGGGAAUGUAUGUAAAAUUAUAAAUCUGACAUGAAAAUUAUGUAAAAAAAGAGAUAAUUGCAUCUGUUAUUCUGUCUUAACAAAUAUCCUUUGUUCUUUUUUCUGGGUCCUUUCACUGAAAUUAGCAGUACUUGGAUUCUAUAUUACUUAGGGGACCAAUUUACUCUCCUUACUUGAACAAAAUGUCUCACAGUAAGCAAGGUUUCUGCUUGAGUACUGAUGUCAAUAUCAAACCCAAGCAACUCCAGGGUACCACUGUUCUCUUAGACAGGCAUCUUAACAGAUCCCAGAUGCAACAUUUUUUGUUCCUUCAUGAUAUGUAGAACUCUCCCUGAGAAAUUUGCAUAUAGCUGAAUACUACAGCAUGCUUUUAGUGUAACAGAAGACUCUUAUGUCUUCCAUAUAUACACGUCCAGUUUAAGUAUGAUACAAAUACAAACUGUACUAGGUUAAUCAAUUGGAGCUCCAGUCUGCUCUGGGUGAUUUAUAGUCAAUAGAAGAGACAUAAAAUGAGGAAUCCUUAUUCAAUGAGAAAUUAAUAUAGUCCUAAAUUAAUUUUUUGGGGGUUUGGUUGGGGUUUUUUUGUGGUUUUCUAAUUCUAAUCAUGUUAGUCUUGUAGACAUCUUCCUACUGCCUCUGAUAGGCAUAUUUCCUGUAAGAAUAUUUUGUCUGGCUUUAGACAAAAAUCAGAAAAGUUCUCCCAGUCUGCAUGACUUCAGUAUCAGUUCUGGGCUUCUAGUGCAUCGCACAGGGAGACUGUAUAGCAUAUGAUUUAUACUAUAUGCAUAUAUUCAGAUUAGCAGAAUCUGUGGGUUUUAUUCUUCUAAGAAAUUCUUGAGAUAUCUCAGUAGACACACUAAAAAUACAUGAGUAGCAAGUGCGACACAGAUGAACAUUUUAAUGUCAGUCUCAUGAGUACUAUGGUUAUCAUCUGAUUGCAUUUAUGAUUUUUCAGUUAAACCUGGAAGGCAAGAAAUUUGAAGAAUGCCUGCACUGACCAAGAAUGGAUUAAUGACUGUAUGAGUACAUCCAAACCUAACAUGGCUAUUUCAGAAGAGUAAAUUAUUUUAAAAAACUACACAAACAUCAAUGCAAUUGCUUUUCCUGGUUCAUAAACCUGUAUAAAUUCAGGUCCAGGUUUGUCCAAUCCAGUACAAAGGAGAGGUACAUUGUUAAAUAAAUCUUCUGAUAUAUGCUUCUACAUAAUUCAGAAAAGCAUCUUUUUCUCAAAGAAAGUAUUGCUUUUUAAUAUUGAUCUUCCAUGUUUAUAAAAUAAUUACUUUAUAAUUAAUUCUUGGUCAAUCCCCAUUUUUUUUUUAAUAAGCUGUCAUUCUUCUAUUUUUCCUUUCAUAGAAUCACAGAACAGUUUGGGUUUGAAAGGACCUUAAAGAUCACCUAUUUCCAACCACCCUGCCAUGGUCAGGGACAUCUUCCACUAGACCAGAUUGCUCAGAACCCCAUCCAACUUGGCCUUGAACACUGCCAGGGAUGGGGCAUCCACAGCUUCUCUGGGCAACCUGUUCCAGUGCUUCACCAUCCUCACGGAAAAGAAUUUCUUCUUUAAUCUAAACCUACUCUCCUUUCAGUUUGAAACCUGUCACUACAUAUCCUUGUUAAAAGUCCCUCUUGAACUUUAUUGUAAGUACCCUUUAGGUGCUGGAAGUCUGCUAUAAGGUCUCCCAGGAGCCUCUCCACCCAAACAAUCCAAACUCUCUUAGCCUUUCCUCCAGCUGCAGCCCUCUGAUCAUCUUUGUGGCCCUCCUCUGGACUCAUUUGAUCAUUAACUUGUACUUCAUUCACUUUCCUUGAUCCUUAACUAUUAGUGUUGAAGUUAACCAGAAACAUUAUCUUUACUUUUAUUCAGAAGUGUAGUAUGUCUGAAGCAAUCUUCUAAAUUAGAAGAAAAUUAGAAGACACCAAGAUUUCAAAUGUUCUUGUAGUCAAAACCAUACACAAUGUGAAUGACUAGUAAAAAUCAAACAUUCUCAACAUAAGCCUUAGGAAUUUAAAUGGUAUUUUUUAAUUACGAGCCUAACAAAACUGCUUUCCUUUUCAAAAAAGCAGUAGUAAUGAGACUUGCCUUGGUAUAAAGGCUUAGCAGCGAGAACUCUCAUCUGGUUGUUACCAGUCUUAGAAGGUCAAACCCACAAAUGCCCUCGGAGAAAGUUUUCUAUGGCUGUGGACAGUGGUAUGUGCUAGGAAUGAGAGGCAUGCACCACUCUUAUUGCUGAAAUGGAAUUUAUUUGGAAAAAUAAUUAACAAUACAUUUAUUUCAGAAGAGAUUAGAAUACAGUUCUGCAAGCUAAUGUUUAGUGUUUUGAACACUCACCGUAGUGCAUCCAGCUUCUCCUUCACUAAACACAUAUUUUAUCCAACUCAAUCACAUUAAAAAGUCUGCCAGAUUCAAAAAAAAAAUAAAAAAAAAGAGAAAAGAAGCCGUGAAAUCAAUGAUAACUGCUUUUCAGACAGAUUUCAAAUAUAUAUGUUUAAAAAUAUGUUUUUUUCUUUGUAUGCUAGGAAGAGUGAUUGCUUUCUGAAAGGAAAAUAUUUAAUCAGACAUUUAUAUCUUUACUAAUACUUCUCAAAGUUUGAAUUUUCUUCUUUUCACUGAUUAUCAGUGUUAUAAAGCUCAGUUCAUUGGUCUAUACAGUUGGUUCUCUUAGUGUGUAUUUCCUGGCUUCAUUUGUGGGCAUCAAUAUUUUCAUAGCAAAAUGUGAAUACUGAAAAUAUUUCACUGUGAUCUGCACAGUGAUGGAUCUGUUCUUAACUCACAUACAUGCAUUGUUCCUACUAGAGUUUGGGAUUUCUCAUUGUAUAAUGUCCUUGGCCCUUUGUUUUUUUUCUUUUCUUAACUAAAAGCCAGUUUGUCUUCUACCUUUCUGCACACAGGUAUGUCCACACAUCCUUCUGACAUAAGAAUUCUUGGGAAGUAAAAUACUACUCACUGUGAAUUAAAAGAAGAAAUGAGCCCUUAGUUUACUGCAGAAUAAACAAACCAGGAGAAAACAAUUUUCAGGCAAACCAGGUUUAGAAUAUUUAAGAUGUGUACUAUGAUAAACGUGAUUCACUAAGGUGCUCUAUGAAUGUGUUAUUUUUAGAUCAAUCUUCUAACAUGAUGCUCUGUUUUACUCUCUGCUCAGUAUUCUCUUGUGUUAGACCUUAAUGUUUUUGUUUUUAUAAAGGGAUGUUGGGAACUUGUUUGUUAUUGAAUUUUUAAAAGCUAAAUAAACAACAAACAUGACACCUUACAAAAGAUUUCAUUUUGGAAACUUACUAAGGGAAAAAGCCCCAUGUUUAACUGUCUUAAAAACCGCAGAUGACACCAGUUUUCAUUGUGAAGCAUUUCAGAGAAUCUAAUGGAAAUGGUAGUUCUUACUACUUUCAAGUUAAAUUUGCAGUUUUGUUAGGCAGCAUUUAAAUAAAUAUUAAAUUAUAAGUACUAAUGCAGAUCAUGUGUCAUGAGCUCUAACAGUGUCAUAUCCUCAAAUGGUAAAGUAUAUUAUUUUGUAAAAACAAGUGAAAAUGCAGAUAUAAUUAAAAUAAAUUAGAUGAUCUUGAUUUCAUAUGCUGUAUACAAAGCCAAAUUGAUUGGAUUACCUCCAGUGCUCCAUCAGUUUUUAAGAUAAAGUAAGCAAAGGGCUUAAUCUUUGUUCUUUACUCAUUAGUCCUUGGAGAUGAAAAUUAUAAAAUUCCUACUGCCUGUACUGGAAGCUGGAUCAUAGAAGACUGAAAGUGUGAUUUUGCAAAAUAAUUAUAUAUAUAUAUAUACAUUCAAAUAUUUGUCUUAUUUUUUUCAUUUUAGUUUUAGCUAUUCUGGAAGACUGAAAUGAAAAUAGUCUUCAGAAAAAUGUAUUUUGGUAUCUUCAGAUGGCAUCUUCCAAGAUCUUGUCUUGUUUACCAGUUUUGUCACAGCAAGUACAUUCUGUGUCACCUAAGUCUUCAUGCCCUUAAGCAGAACAGUCAGUCAUGUAGACCAAGCCCAUAUUACUGCUUUUGCUGUAAAAGAAAAGAACAUGUCCAGAGUCAGUGUACAACAGUUGUCGAAGAUCUGAUUCCUUCUAAUCUAUCUAAUUCCUUGCUUGAUCUAAAGCAUUAUUUAUUUCAUGUUAGUUUAACAAUGAAAUUAAGUACAGAGAAAGAUUAAUUGCAAUAACAUUUCCAUGAUAGUAGUUUGCUGUUAAACUCCAAUUCAAUGAAAUUGAAUUGGCAUCUGGACAGAUACUAGACUAUUUUUCAGCCACAUUUCUAGACGUUUUUCAACUGUUAUGCUACUUACUACCAGUUCUCAAAUAAAAUUCCACUUUGUCCCAAUAGCUGUGAAAAAGAUUCUUAAAAUCUCAUGUAGAUAUUGAAAGUACUAAAACCUUUGCAAGCCCUUUGCUGGGCUUGUAUAAUAGUUUCACAUUUAACAAGUAAAGCUGAACAUCAAAAGCUGAUGCUCACUUCCUCUGUUCAGACUGUUAAAUACCUGCCUUCCUUCUCUUUUGCUAUUUACCCAUUAAUGUUGGUUUUACUUUUGCCAGUUCAGGAAAACUUGCCUGACAGCCAUGGAAAUCUCGGGCCGUGAAUUCUCAGUCUCAAAGGUACUGUGUUUGUACUUUAUGAAAUGUUCCCAUUUCUUAACAGACAGGUACUAUUUUUUUGAAAACCAGCAUAAGCGGUGUACGGUUUCUUGGACCCUCCCCUGAUGUUAUUAGAGUGGAUUUUCUUCCUACAUAACUGCAUCAAGCAAAGAUACUAAAAUAGACAUUACCAGGAAAAAAAAGCCUGCUGUGCAAAAAACCCUACUUUUAAUUUUUAAAACCAGGUUUAAAGGUUUCUCUGUGAUCAGGCUUCAUCUGUCCUGAGAAAUUUAAGUAAAAAAUAUGAAAAUACCAUAUUUGCAAGGUAAGGCUAAGUAAUAUUAUGUGUGUGCAUUUCUGCUUAUGAUUGUACCUAAAUUAUUAUUUAAAGGUGCUUGUUUGUCAGAGUAUUAUCACUGUAUUAACCCUUUUACAACAAAAAGGCAGCCAUGACGGCCUCCAGAACUGCUCCUUUUUUAUUGUCUCAAAAAAAAAGAAUAGAUUCAGCAUUCAAAAGCAUUGCCUUGGGCAUUCACACUGAUGUGGAACACAAAGAACAAUAUAGGCCGUGGGUCCAGCUUGCUGUACUGCAACUCUGGAAUACUUAUGUCUAUCAGAGUUGGGGAGGAAAUAUCACAAGGAGCAGGUCCUUUCCCUGCCAGAGUACCUGUAAUAUUUUUCAAAAUAAAUGUAAGAUAUGAAAGGA